AUGAUGGCCGAAGAAAAAGAAAACAACAAAGAAAAGCAUCGCAUCAAACGAACUCGAGAAGAACGAGAGGCCGAACGAAGAGCUAGGGGAAGAAGUCCGCGUGGGAUUUCAACUGGAAGCUCGUCAAGAUCCUUGCAAAUCAGCGGACAUUCUCGGUCCUCCUCUGGCCGUGGUUCCCGUGGGGGCACUCGACCUACAACCAAAAGCUCUUCGUCAAGAUCCUUGCAUACCAGCGGACAUUCUCGUUCCCCCUCUAAGCAUGGUCUCCGUCGGGGCAUUCGGUCAAGCGAGGACCUUCGUGCCAAGGACAGAGCUCGACGAUCAAGACCUGCCAAAGCCAAACCAGGUGCACGCGCUGCUCGAGACAGGGAUUCUCUUUCCCCUCAUCGACAGCGUUCUCGUCAGCGUUCUCCUAGGGCCAAUCGAUCAGACGACAAUCGCCGUGCUGGUCUUUCCUCCUCUCGUCACGGUUCUCAACGGAGCCUUCGAUCAGAGGAGGAUCGUCUUGCCAAGCGCCAAGCUCGAACCGCUGGGUCUGACGCUGGCAAGCCAGGCGCUCAUACUGCGUCCAACGCUGAUGAAAGGAGUCUAGCUAGACAAAAGAAUCGAGCCGAUCGUCCUCCCAAGACCAAUCGAUCACAUGAGGAUCGUCUUGCCAAGGACCGAGCUCGAAGCGCUGGGUUUCACACUUCCAACCCAGGUGCUCACACUGCUUCCAACGGAGACGAAAGCAGGUCAGCUAGACGAAAAAAUCGAGCCAAUCGCGACCGAGACGCCAAAGUACGGGCCAAGAAUAGCGCUACUAAGUCUAGCCGAAACGGUGCUGGUAGUGACGGCGUGGUAGAUGAAGUCGAGCGAGACGCUGUGGGAGAUGAGCAGGCAGUUGAUGGUGCUAGUGCUGUUGCAUUGAAGGCGUCGGCUAUCGAAGAUGUCGAGAAUGAACAGCUCAAGGAACAACAGGCUCAAAUCGAAGCGCUCAAGCAACAAAUGCAGAUCAUGGCGCAACCAAAUCAUGGUUCGGAUCCUGACACAGAAGACGACACUGAUAUCGACGGUACGAAUGAAUCUCAUGGGCAGCAUCCCAAAAAGCGUCGGAAAUGUAUUGUUGGUAUCCUUCUAGUCCUUCUUGCAAUCGGUGGAGGAGUCGCUGGAUACAUUCUGGGGAAUCCGAAGAAGAAGUCUCCCACCAAAGCUCUACAACUUGAUGUAGAGCCGACGACCCCUCCAACUACGGCAGGUGGCAAUACUACUGCUAUACAAUUACCCAGUACUUCGCCUUCCAACAGUCCCACCGAGUUGCAAAUCUACACUCCACCAAGUAAAGAAGAUUGCGAGGCCAUUGCAUCUGGUUCGACAUUGUCAGACCAAACCCCUUUGACCUCCAGAGAGUUUGUCAUUGAGUUUGAUGCAACCUUGAACUCUCAAAUGGCAGACGAAGAUUGGGUAGGACCUCUCAAGGAGCAGCUUCAGUCGAUUUUUCUUCCCGUCGUGGCCGGUUGCUCGACUCGUCGUUGGCUUCGUGAAACGAAGAGCAAGCAACACAGACAACUGCAAUUGUUGCCAGACUUUGCUAUUGCAAACGGCAAAAUUAGAGACGCCAUUGUAACGGAAGGGGGCUGCGAGGACGAGUCUGCUGCCGCGCUCUGUCAUCGCGUGAGCGUCUUGAUGGAUCUUUCACUUCGCGACGAAGAUACGAAGCUCACUUUUGUUGAAGCUUAUUUGAUUACCACUCUUCGUGCUUCGCCUGACAACGUUUUGGGCCUAGGAACUCUAUUGUCCAAUCUUGUGGUCGUUCGAGCUGCUCCCACCUCGCCAACAGACGAACCAAGCAUCAGCCCGAGCUUUACUCCAUCUACUGUUCAGCCUACCGCCCAGCCUACCGAUGUACCAUCACCCAAACCAUCAUUUGCCCCAGUUGUUGGUCCCACUACUCUUGAGCCAACAAAGUCCCCGACCAAAGCACCAACAAAGGCUCCGGUCGCGGCUCCAAUUUUGUCAACCGAGAACCCAACCGCAAGCCCAACGAAGGCACCAGUCGUUGUCCCUACGUUGGCUCCAGUGGUCGGCCCAACGCCACCACCAACACAAGCACCUACAAAGGGUCCAUCGGCUGCUCCAUCGUCGGCCCCAUCGGCGGCUCCAUCGGUGGCUCCAUCAAAGGUCCCCACAAAGCGUCCAACUGCAAACCCAACUUCCACCCCGACCAGGAGUCCAACGGCAAGCCCAACUUCCGGCCCAACAAGUAGUCCAUCAAAGGCUCCCACAAAGGCCCCAACUCAAAGCCCAACUUCCGGCCCCACCAGUAGUCCAACUUCUUUUGACGUUCGCCCAAUAUUGAUGGAUAUGUACGACGGUUUGAAUACACAAUUUGCAUCCUCUUCGAAUGGUUGGGAAGGGACCGGGGAUGAGUGUUUAUGGAGUGGUGUUGGUUGUGAUUCUUCAGGAAACGUCGUAUCAAUAACUCUUGAAAAUAAAGGUUUGGAUGGUACCAUUUCCUCGAGGAUUGGAGAAUUGUCAACACUCACAAAUUUGGUUCUGGCGACUAAUUCGUUGGUUGGCACUAUCCCAACAGAGAUUGGGCUUUGUACUAAGCUCAGAUUUUUGACCGUCAGAGAAAACCCAAAUCUUGGAGGCUCAAUACCAACAGAGAUCGGUCUCUUGACAGCGUUAGAGUUGGUGAAUUUCUACGAUGAUAACUUGACUGGGAACAUUCCAACAGAGAUUGCUGGUAUGAAGGAACUUAGAAUGUUGAUCCUAGCCAUCAAUAAUUUGAGCGGCACUGUACCAUCAGAGAUUGGUCUAUUGACUGGGAUUACUCAUUUGGAUAUAGCCGUACCGUAUGGCACGAACCCUGCUCUUAGUGGCCCAUUGCCAAUAGAGCUUUAUCGUUUGACAGGACUGCAGUCUUUAAUUUUUUACGGCAAUAGUUUGAGUGGAAGUUUGGCAACAGAGGUUGGUCGUUUGACGGAUCUCGCGUACUUCAACCUGGGCCAUACUCAUCUUGGUUCCACAAUUCCAUCCGAGAUUGGUAAUUUGGCAGCUGUCGAAAUGAUCAACUUUGAAAGAAACAAUUUCAUUGGGUCGCUUCCCUCAGAGAUCGGAAAUUUGUCAGCGCUUAAACUGCUGUGGUUGUAUGCUAUGGACGGUCCUCUCACUGGUAAAAUUCCGUCUGAGAUUAUCAACUUGACAGCAUUGACAGACUUGAGGCUGAGCUCUAAUCAACUGACCGGGAAUGUCCCUCAGUUGAAAGCGAGUGGAGCUUUCGAAGUCUGUGAUUUGCGCAACAACGCUUUAGGAGACAAAUCAGUUGGUGUUCAAGCUGGCUGCUGGGUUUAG